AAACCAAAGGAGCGCUGGUUAAAAAAAAAACAAAUCCUGGAGCAUUUAAAGGCGCUUCGAGUGCAUCCUCCCUGCAGCAAUAUGCAGCUAUAAGGAGAAGCGAUCACUUCUAGGGGACUUUUUGCCUGGGAAGAAAAACAACUUUUAGUUGUGAGAAGCAGCUACUACCAGCAAUGAAACCACAGGAGAUAUUGGAAGGGAAAAGUAGUCAGUGGAUAUUUGGUUACGGCUCCUUAGUGUGGAAACCUGAUUUUGUCUACCAGAGGAGACAAAUAGGCUACGUUGAAGGCUACAAACGACGAUUUUGGCACGGAGAUGACUUUUAUCGAGGAGACAAGAAGAAUCCAGGAAGGGUGGUGACGCUGAUAGAGGACCAGGAGGCUUGCACGUGGGGAGUUGCCUACGAAGUGACAGAUGCUGAGAUAAAUGAGGCCUUUCAGUACCUCAACGUGAGAGAAGUGGUGCUCGGAGGUUACAUAACAAAAACAGUGGAGUUCAUCCCGCAGGAGAAGGGUCGAGUCAGUCGACUGGAGUUCAGCAGCAGGACAAAACCCACAAUUUGCAGGACAUCAACGCCCCUGUCCCUGAGGAGGAAGAACCAGUUAUGGGAGAACAACCUGAACCCAACCCAUUACGACCUGCAACGGCAAAGAAGAUCCAGGGGCUAAGGCCAUUAGUCAAGUGGCCAAAAUCCUGCGACAGGACACUGUGGAAGGAGGUCAACACUGAUCUCUGCAACAUCAAAUAAGGGAUCAGAGGCACCACCAUGAAGAAGUUGGAGAGAAUGGGGGAUCUCAUCUAUGCCUAUGGAGUGGAACGGUUUGGAGUGGUCGAAGGAAAAUGAUCUGCUCCAUCUAUCCCCACUAAGUCCAGAAGACAGACAGAAAUAGACCGCCAAGUCAAGGAGAGGAAGCAGCUGAAGAAGCAAUGGAGGAAGGCCACAGAGGACGAGAAGGAGGGCAUAAACUUGCUGCAGGAAGAGAUCUAGAGUAGGCAAACGUAGGGAAAUGCAGAAGGAAGGAGCAAACAAGAACACGCUUCUUUCUACAAAGACCCCUUCAAAUUUGUGAAUGCAGCUGAGAUAGGCUUCAGCACCCCCCGCAAUCCCAAAAGGGACAAGCGGUAGAAAAUGGAUGGAUGGAUGGAUUUCACCUGUUCCCCAAUGUCUUCCUUCUGUCCUGUGCCAGAGAGUUUUGUAUCUUCUUGUGCGCACCUCCAGCGUUCCUUUCCCACAGUCUUGUCCACAGCCAUAGCCACGUUUUUAUGUACCUUUUGUAUCCACGGGAGAUUCUUGGUUUGUAGCUUUUGUCAGGUAAGAUUAGCUUCCUAGCAUUGCCUCCGUUGGAUUGCCUUUUGUUGUACUUAGUUUUUGUUAGCAAUUUGUAUCCCUCUUUAGCCGGGGAGUUUUGAGUUAUUGAUAAUUUUGUAAGUUUAGUGGUCAGGUUACAUCUGUUUUAAUAGCCUGUUUUGUUUUUCCUGUUGUGGGCCCCUUCCCAUAAUAAAGAACUGCUUCUGAAAUCCUGCAA